AAAAAUUAGAUGUUUUGUACAUGAAUUUUUGAUUGGUGGAAGGAAAAAGAAUAAUACACGAUACGAUGCAUAAUUGGUCGUUAAUUGUGUGAAAACAUGCUCGACAGAUUUUUUUAACGUUCUUGACUUUCUGCGCCUUUUGUGAUCACGCUUCUCCUCGACCGGUACUACCGCCAUCUUGUUUGUUUCAUCAAUAAAGAGAGUGUAAGACUUGGGGACGAUUAAAAUUGGUUUAAAGUGUUUCUAUUUGUGUCUUGUAUACGUUGAACAGUAAUAAAAGCCGUGAAUAUGUCCCACGGUGGUAGAAACGAAUGUAGAAUUUACGUGGGCAAUUUGCCGCCCGAUAUAAGAACGAAAGACAUUCAAGAUUUGUUCUACAAGUUCGGUAAAGUUAUCUUUGUUGAUUUAAAAAACCGUAGAGGCCCACCGUUCGCUUUUGUCGAAUUUGAUGAUCCAAGAGACGCCGAGGACGCGGUACACGCGAGGGAUGGAUACGAUUACGAUGGUUAUAGAUUACGCGUUGAAUUUCCAAGAGGCGGUGGCCCUAGUAAUAAUUUUCGUGGGGGUCGUGGAGCAGGUGACAGCGGAAGAGGUGGUCGGGGUGAAAUGAGUAAUUCUCGAGGUCGUGGACCGCCUGCAAGAAGAUCUCAAUACAGAGUUCUUGUUACCGGUUUACCUCCGUCUGGCAGUUGGCAGGAUCUGAAGGAUCAUAUGCGCGAAGCUGGCGAUGUUUGCUUCGCCGAUGUUUAUAAAGACGGCACUGGAGUUGUCGAAUUCUUACGAUACGAAGACAUGAAAUAUGCAGUGAAGAAAUUAGAUGAUUCAAGAUUUAGGUCUCACGAGGGCGAAGUAGCCUAUAUUCGUGUGAAAGAAGAUCAUAGCAGUGGCGAUAGAGGUCGCAGCGAAGAUAGAGAGAGGGGUCGAAGUCAUUCACGAAGCUAUAGUCCACGACGUCGUGGUUCACCAACCUAUUCACCAUUACGGCGUAAUUACUCGCGAUCAAGAUCUCGCUCCAGAUCUCGUUCAUACGACUAGUGUGUACGUAUAUGUUUCACAUGGUAAUAUAAGUAAAGGCUUAUCAAUAUUUGCUUUACCAUGUUUCAUUAUUACUGAUUUGAAUUUCACUUAAAGACACCUUCCAAUCCAAAUCGAAUUUGUACAAAUUAUAAAAAAUUAUUACUAUUCAUGUUGCUUGAAUUUAACAAUUGUAUUGUACGUAAUGUAUAGUUAGAGCACGGUUCAUUUUACAUAUACCAAAAUUAUAUUUUCGAUGAUUUCGUCAUUUUUUUUUCUUUAUUAAUUUUUAAAUUAUGUUCGUCACGGAUCAAUGCGGGUGUAACAUUUAUUUUAUGGGUACGCAUUUAGAAUAAAUCGUUUGAAUACAUCUGAAAUAGCAACUAGCCAACUAGAUUCUCUUACGAGUAAACGCUGACAUAAAGUUUUUAAUGUCAUAUUCCCGUUGUUUUAAUAAAGAGGAAUCGUGCUCGUAUUAAUCGCAUAUUAUUGUUGAUGGUAUACUGGUUAGAGUUACAUUUAUGUUUAAAAAAUACAUUCCUUUAUAUUUUGCAAUUUGUUUUGAACACCACACAUCGAUAUUUGAAAUGUGUAACAAUUUUGAAGUAUUACGACAUGAGAACCUAAACCGGAGCGACUAAUAUUAUUUCAGCUAUUCAAUCGGCAUUCACAUUAAUAAGUAGCAUUUUGUUGUAUAGUUACCAAUAUUGCCUACGUUCAGCGUGAUCAUUCUCGAUGCACUGCACAGUACCACGAUUGGUAAAUAUACCGCAAUAUUUAACUUUAUGUGAAUGCAGUCUGUGAUUGUGUUUUUUUACACAUAUUUAUCCACAUUUGCCGUGAUGAAAACAGCACAUUUUUAAGCAAAUUUAACAUGUAAAACUCUUUCAAGCUUCUAAUGCUAAAAUGCUUAUUGUAAACAUUUCUAAAGCUAACAUUCUUUUUUUUUACGAUUAACAGCACAAAAUUAUACCGCAUAUGUUUGAAAGAAGAGAAGUAAUGCCAUAACGAAGUACAUAUACGUGUAUAUUUUUAAUGUGCAUAUAUAGCAUGCAAGAUAAAAUAGAGUAUAUUUCAAAUAAUUAAUAGAUUAUACUAGACAUACGAUCAGAAAUUUUAUUUUGUUUGCAUGAGUACUUAUUUCCAUUUGCUGUAAUUGUUACAAGAACGUCGUAUCAUUAUUGAAGUUUGAUAUAACAAAAAGAAUGAUGGUCUCAAAGUUCUGCUGUUUUUUCACGAUGUAUUUACCACUUCACGAAUUUAGACUCAAAGACAUUGGAUUUAAUUACACGCGGGGGAGAAACUGCAAACAUAAAACAUUAUGGCAUUUUUCGAUAUAACACCAUUAAAAAAUUACAUCUCGUGCUAAGUAUUAAUUUAAACAGAUUAUUCGUGUGUACAAAUACAUACAUCAAGGUUGUUUACACGGCUCAACGGCGUUUAAGUUAUUACACAAAUUUAAUUACUUUUUGUUUUGCCUAUAUAAUGAUGACAAUACAACAUACUCUUUGUGGUGAAAAUAUAAUACUUAAUACCUAGAGAAUGUAAUACAUCGAUAACCAUCGACCGAUGGUACAUAUAGGGCAUAACAUUUGAUAAAUAUAGGUAAAAAGAUUUAUUUUUUACUAAAUGAUUAAUAUUCAUAUGACCAAUUUGCUUUGGGAAAAACACAUACAGCUAUCAUUUAUCAUGUAUUGAUAUAUUGUUCGUUUGAUACAGUAACAAAUUAAAGUACAUCACAAUUUAUUUAAGUGUUCCUUAACGACGAUCAUCUGGCCAUUCUUCUGGUUUGACGAAAAACUGUGUGUUAUGUACUACUUCAGAACGAAAAAAAAGAAAUCCAACUGAAAAUUAUUAUUAAGAAUAUAAUAACGUGUCUAUUACAAUUGUAUGGAUAUCUGUGAAAUGUCCAUAUUGAAGUAUAUUUUAAGUUAUACACGACUUACCUUGAGAAAUGUGUGUUUUUUUUGUUUUUUUUUUUCAUUGGCCGGAUGAUUUAUUAACAAAAUACGUUCUGCUGCACAUUUCUCGUUUAACGUUUUCCUUUUGAAAAUAUACAGACAAAUUUAUUCUAUUAUACGUCAGAUAUGUUGAAGGAAAACAACUAUUUCGUGUAUUCUUGAGAAUGUUAUUAUUGCAAAUUGAUCCUGUGAUUUUCGCUUAUUUUCCGCGACAUUUGUGUGUAUUCGUCGAUAUAGAAAAGGUUUUAAAUUUAUAUUAAACAAGCGGGGAGUAUUCCUUUGUACAAUAUUUGCUCAAUUUACGACAUAUUAUCACACAUUUGAGUAUCGCAAGUCAUAAGGAUUAUAUUUGCAGUGAUAAAUUUUAUAUAUAACAUUAAUGCAUAUUGUAUAAGGGACUAAUGUAUUUUUUCUUCUUUUGUAUAUUGGAUUGGAUUGUAACACAAUGAAUGAAAAACUGAAAUCGACACGAUCUUACUUCUUGGAUGGAUAUAAUACACAUUCGCUUGACGGUGGGAUGAGAUGGAAUGCGUUUUGGAUGGAUUUUGUAUGGAGCAUAUAUUAUAAAAGGAUUAUACGUAAAUGCGAAUACAAAUAAUGAGACAGUAAGGAUACUUUCAAGAGGAAGUUCAGGAUCAGGAAAGGAAUUGGAUGAAAGAAACAAUGCAUUUCAUUCAAGGAUUCUCAAUUAGCUGGAUUUUCAUCAGAAAAACGUUGGCAAAUCCAUUACAAGGAUUCGAAACGAUUAUCCAUAGUUUUCUUUCGUAAAUUACCGGGGAAAAGAUAAUAGUAUCGAUAUCAAAUCGUGUUAGCAGUGUCUUUAUAUUGACGAACUAAAGAAAGAGAAUAACCAUAACGAAAUGCGCGUAACGAAGAGUUUCGACGUGUAUCACGUGCUUGUACAGAUUUCUCGAUUACUCAAGUGUUUUCGUAAUUCAUCAUUGUUUUCGCGAUUCAAGCCACAACGAAGUGACUCUCGUAUCUUUCUCUUACGUUCAUGAACCGUCAGAACUGGUAAUGGAAUGUCAACAUUGUACAUUUUGUUUUCGAAAGUACUUACAGUUUCCGUAUGAUCGGACGUUAACACUGAUAUUUUAAAAAAUUUUUUUUUUAUCGUUACCGAAACAAUAAUUCUGAUUCUCGUCCGAGGAAGUUCGCUAAAGGAAGUAUCAGACUUCUCAUCUGUAUCGGAGAAAGUGAUCGAUGACUCGCGAACACGAAAAUGGAACGAACUGUGGUUCAACGCGACGGGGAGAGGAUUAUGCUCUUUCAACAAUCUUCUUAGUUUCUCGUUCGAUCCGUGCGAUAAGUUUGGUAUAGGCGAUAUACGAUCGGAAGCUCCACGUUUAGAACUCCCCCCUCAGGAUCAAGGAGAACGGAAAGUGAUCCUACAUGGAAACUCUGUUCGCGUUGUAAAUAGAGCGUGGGCUUACACUUCCACUCGAAAUCAAAUCGUCCGAAUGUUCUUCUCUCGGCUAUUUCGAUCUUGGAAUUGUGUAUCAUUGAUCAAUCGUGGGCGUGUGUAUGUUCCAUAAUAUACAUGUGCGGUGUAGUAUGAACUGGUACCACCGGUCGUCGGGACUAAUAACGCGCGCAAGAGGAAUAAAAUAACUGUUCGGGGUUGACAAAAUCAAAGUAAACAGAAUCCUUCAUCUUAACGAGGACUGGCUCUCCCUAGUAGUAGAGGAUCUCCCGGGACAAAAAAAAAAUAAAAUAAAAUAAAUAAA